UGUUCCCAUGAUGCACCUGUGUUCUUGUCGGCUCACCUGAGCAGCUGGAGUCAGCAGCAGCACGCGCCGUGUUAGCAGAACGAGGAGUCUGAGCAGAGAGGGGAGAAGUCUGCAGUCGGACAGGACGAUUCAACCAAGUUAAAUCAGGAUCUUUACACAGAAACCUGCAGCUCUGCCUGUGAUUUAAGGGACUACAACAGGAACAGCAGCCUGUAAGAAUCAGGCCAACACACAGUCUCGUCCGUUUUGCCAUGAGACACAUCCUGUCCUGAAGGUGCUGCUUUCAUUCUCCCCAUGCAACGCUAUCAACAACACCCGGUCCCCAUGGACCCUCAGGUGUGCCCGCCCCCUCUGAGCAGCAGCCAAUCGUUGAUCAGCGGCACCGACAAAUCCCCGGCCAGCACGUUCAAACCGGGCCACUCACGGAGCAGCAGCACGGGCUCCUCCAAAACAACCAAACAGUCUCGUCACUGGGAGGUGAUGGACGAUCUGCAGAACAUGGACAUGUACUCGGUCCCCGGCUCCACCGUGGACCUCAGUAUUCCUGGGAUCUGUGAGGGGUACCUGAUGAAGAGGAGGAAGUACCCGCUCAAAGGCUGGCACAAGAGAUACUUCAUGUUGGAGAAAGGAAUGCUGAAAUACUCCAAGACGCAGCAGGAUAUUCAGAGAGGGAAGCUGCACGGCACUCUGGACGUCAGCGUGGCCGUGAUGUCCAUCAACAAGAAGUCCAAACGCAUCGACCUGGACGCUGGAGACAACCUCUACCACCUCAUGGCAAAAAGCCAGGACAUCUUCUACAUCUGGCUGACCAAGCUGUGUGCCCAUCGAGUGUUCAGGAAAAACGAGGCGAUGAGCGUCCAUCACGGCGUCCUCCACGCUCUCUCCAUGGGCUCGGGGAACCUCCCCUCCAUGGCCACUCUGGCUCAGCAGAACAGAUCCACGCCUCCUCACUACGCCAGCUCAGCAUCAGUGUACCAACCAGAGAUGAUGAGCCCCGCCCCCGCAGUCGCCACUCCUCCAGGAGUGACCAAGAAGGUGUCGGCCUGGCUGCAGCAGACCCACGACAUCGAUGCAACCUCAAACGACCUGGCUCGCUGUCAGGCCGAGCUGACUGAACUGGCUCAGCUCAUCCAGCGUCUUCACUGGCUGGAGGGAGGGCUGCCCAUCACAAACACAGACCUGGAGAUGAGGAUCAGCAUGCAGAAUCUCUCUCUGGAGAAACCAAAGAAGAAAAUAGGGAAAGGAUUCGGUCACUCCAGGACGUUGUCCCGUGUUGAAGCUCUUGGGAUGUUCACCUCAAGCCACCUGAGCACUAACAACGGUGGUAUGGGGGGGUCUGUUCAGUCCAUCCCAGACUACGUCUACAAUCAGCUGUCCAACCCUCAGGUGACCUCACCUGAAGCCAAGAAGCUCCAUCAGGACAUCUGCACUGUUUCUCAGAGAGUUCACACUUCCCUCAGGUCCGUCCACGAGGUUCUGACCUUUGAGAGGGAGAGACUGAGGCAGGCCUGGACCAGUCCAGACCUGAGAGAGAACACCUCACAGCAGCUCGCCACACUCUGCAGCACACUAUCCGAGCUUGACAUACAGUCACGUCUGACCAAAGUCCACUCACUUUCCCUGUCCUCUGACUCUACUGAGGGAUCCUUCUGCACCGUCCGUCCUGACCAGAGGACUCCAUCGAUGGGUCGUCACAUUCACAGGACGCCCUCCGUGGCCGACUCCAUGGCCGAGUAUUUCGAUGCCAGCGAGGUCAUCUUGUGCGACACGUCGUCUGAGGCCGAGGCGUCCGAUGAGUCCGGUCUGAGUGACAUCACGACCACCAGCAACUCUGAGCCUGAAGAGGGACACACCACAGCCACCCUGAACUACAGAGCCAGCCUGAACAACGCUCAGGAGAGACCCAGCCCAGUGCUGCGCAACACAGGCAGUCGUACCACCCUCCCCGCUCCGUGCGCAGACAACAGCCACAUCGGCAUCAUGACCAUCCUGUACAACAACAUCGGGAAGGAUCUGUCCCGAGUGUCCAUGCCGGUGGCUCUGAACGAGCCGGUGUCUCUGCUGCAGAGACUCAGCGAGGAGCUGGAGUACUGUGACCUGCUCGACAUCGCCAACACCAUCGAUGAUCCCUACGAGAGGAUGGUCUACGUGGCUGCCUUCUCCAUCUCUGGAUACGCCUGGGCCACAUGGAGGAAUCGCUACAAACCUUUUAACCCCGUCCUGGGAGAAACCUACGAGAGCCACAGAGAGGACCGAGGCUUCAAGUUCCUCAGUGAGCAGGUCAGCCAUCACCCGCCCGUCUCUGCGUGCCAUGCAGAGUCAAAAAACUUCACCUUCUGGCAAGAUCAGAGAUGGAAGAACAAGUUCUGGGGGAAGUCGAUGGAGGUCCUCUCGUCUGGAAAUGUCAACGUCUCUCUGCCGAACUAUGGUGAUCACUACGAGUGGAACAAGGUGGUGACAUGUAUCCACAACGUGCUGAGUCAGCAGCGCUGGUUGGAGCACUACGGCGAGGUCAUCAUCAAAAACACAAAGAGCGACCUGUGCACCUGCAAGAUCACAUUCGUCAAGGUUCAGCAGUGA